CUAUUCGUUUGUCAUGUAGCACUAUGUCUAGUUCGUCUUUGUGGGAGCUCAAACCAUUGGCAUUCCAAAGAAGAAUGAGUAAUGAUUGUGAAGACAUGAUUAGCCGGAAAGUUUCGGAAGGAUCUGAUUCACUACACUUGAGGAGUGUUAGAAGAGGUGUGAUAAGUGACUUAAAAUCGCUAAGAAAAUUAGAAAGAAGUGAAGUUACAUCGUUGAAGGGAGAAGGAGAUGUCCUGUCUCUCUUCUUGCAAAGGAUGGUCCUCUCUUCAAGAGUUGUAGCUCCUUGUAGGAAGAACAGCCACGAUAGUUUGCAUUGAAAUGCAUUGAUCAGCACAAUAGGUAUUAAGAUGAAAUUCAAGGCAAUUUUAUAGAAUGAUCGUGACAUCCUUUAUUGCCAUUAAAUACAAUUUAAGCGGUUCUGCCAUCUUAUAUCACAAAACUCAUUUCCAAGCAGAACAGCUCUACAAACACCUAUUUUUCUGAAAUAUCAUGGACAAUUUAAAUUGGGAAAAAUGAGGCAGGGAUUUUAACAAAACAAAUGUUUAUUUUGAGACCCGCGAGUUUUUAAAUUUUUUUUUUUUUAACGUCAAAAUAUAGACAUUUCCCAUGGGAACAAUUAUAAAUAAUCAAGACGCCGUAUAUCAAACCAAAACAGUCGAACCGUUUAAAACACACCAAUCCCAAGACGAAAAGGAUUUGACGAAGAAGUGUAAUAGUAAUUAACAUUUUGGUAUGGGCGCGUUUACGGAGAAAUAGCAAUUUCUAGGACCAUACCCCAAACUACCUAACGGUACAAUACUUUCAUGACUUCCUUUCUAAAAAUUUACCUGGCUAAGUAGGACCUACUUCGUCCGCCACUUUUCACAAAAUGGGUGUGUGGAAAACAACCAACCACCUUAAAUUUGGGCGAAGGCACAUAGUGGCUUUUCACUGCUUCUUUGGAAUGGUGAUAAGCUAUGCCAUGAGAUUUUGCCUGUCAAUAGCCAUCACAGAAAUGACGUCUAUGCCAUUGUCAAAAGAGGACAAUAAAACAUGCCCUUUGCCACACGAUUAUUAUACCAAAGCUACAAUGAAAGAGACUGAAUUUAACUGGACAGGGAGUCAGCAAGGAGUUGUAAAUAGUGCGUUCUUUUGGGGCUAUGUUUUUGGGCACAUACCAGGUGGAGUUGCUGCAGAUAAAUUUGGAGGGAGGAAAAUUGUUACUCUUGGUGCUUUCUUCACCGGCGUAUUCUCUAUACUUUCCCCGUACGCUGCCAAAAUGUUUGGCUGGUUGGGAUUGGUAGCAGUACGGAUAUUUGUUGGAUUGUCACAAGGUCUCUUUUAUGCCUCUACGCACACAGUUGUCGGCCAAUGGAUCCCGAAAGAGGAAAGAGGAACUUUGGGAACAUUUAUUUUUUCAGGUGUACAUAUUGGGAAUGCAUUAAAUAUGCUAUUCAGUGGUGUUUUCCUAUACUACACACAACAUAGAUGGGAUCUUUUAUUCGUUAUUUAUGGAGUCAUUGGUGUGGUCUGGUCACUUUGUUUCUUUUUCACGACUUAUGACACCCCAGCUGAUCAUCCAUUCUUGAGUCAAUAUGAAAAAAAUAUAUUAAAAACAAAAGUAAAGUCAGAAUCUGAGGCUACGAUCAAGCCGCCUAAAAAAACACCGUGGAAAUCUAUUCUAAAAAGUUUGCCGGUUUGGGCUGCAGCAAUUGCAAUGAUUGGGCACGACUUUGGCCUGUUUGCCAUGAUAACUGACCUUCCAAAAUUUUUUAAAACAGUGCUUCAUUUUAGCAUUAAAAAUAAUGGCGCUUUGAACGCAUUGACAUUUAUUUUAAUAUGGGUUGUUGGGAUCUUUGCUGGUAUUUUAUCUGACUACGUUGACAACCACAACAUUAUAUCGGUUACAGCAAAUCGUAAAAUUGGAACUACACUGGCAUCACUUUUACCCUCUUUGGGUUUUAUUUCUUCCGUUUAUGUUGGCUGUGAUACUACAUUAGCUACAGUUUGUCUUUUAGUAGGACAAGCUUUCAUGGGAUUUUAUUACCCCAGCCUUAAAGUAAAUACUAUAGAUUUAUCAACAAAUUUUGCUGGAACAGUGUCUUCUAUGGUCGUCACAGUAGGCAGUCUAUCAGGAGCAGUAGUACCAUAUCUCAUAGGAUCGCUAACACCAAAUAACUCGAUAUCAGAGUGGAGGAUUGUAAUGUGGAUCACAUUUGCUGUGAUGUCAGUGACAAAUGUGUUUUACAUAAUUUUUGCAUCAGGCGAGUUGCAGCCAUGGGAUGAUGUUGAAGAGAACACUGUUCAGAAAUCACCCUCCACAAGAAGCAGAACAGGAACUUUAAAAAAUAUAUAAAUCUCUCUUUAUAAUACUAUUGUAAACUUUAUAUACCAACAUAACCAAUUUAAAUUGUACCUUUCCAUAGAACAUUUUUUCUUAAAUAUUUCUCAUAAGCAUACCAUUUAUAGUAAAUAUUAAUAUGUAUGUACAACUCCUUUAACAUAUGACUAUGGCCCAUGUUGAACUAGCACAGCAUCACAUACUGAGUCUGUCUCCACCCUCUCAAACAUGCGAGCGUUUGAAUAACUAAUAAUAAUACUAGUAAUAGUAGUAAAUAAUAAACCUGCGAGUGGAGAUAGACCCAGUAAGUGAACCUGGCUGGUUCAGCAUGAGUUCGAUGACUUGCAGGCGAAAAUGCAUCAACUAUAUAACUAUAGCUGUCGAAUAUGCUUUGAUGUAUGUCCCAUGGAAGGGGCUACUGUUGAAGUUUAGUUGGCAGCUAUUUGUUCUUAACAGAUUCUAGUAUAUACAUUGAUCUUCGAUUCAUAACAUAAGCUUAUAGAAAAGUCUUUAUUAAAAUAGUAAUUUCAUCUGCCUAUUCUCACAACAAAUGAA